AUGGCGUUCGGAAUAUACAACAACUCGACCCAAUUUGCCCAGUUCAUCGUUCUGAUCACAUUCACACCCCUCGGCAUUGCAGUGACGGUGCUUCGCUUCGUCGCUACCCGCCAUGGGGCGCGCAAGCCUGGGCUCGAGGACUGGAUGGCCGCUCUGGCCACUGUGUUCUUCGUGCUGGUGAACCUUGCGGGUUUGCUGGCUAUCAGCAUUCUCAAUGGACGCACAAUUGAGCAGGAAAUCGCUGAGAGCCCAUCGGAUUAUCGUCAGAUGCGUGUAUGGGACAUGACUGGCGUCUACCUCUACCUUGGACACAUCCUCACCGUCAAGCUGAGCGUCCUCGCGCUCUUCUACCGCAUCUUUGGAAUCAACCGCACCUACCGGAUCUGGAUCUACAUCAUCGGGGGGUUUCAGACGAUGCUAUGCAUCAUCUUCUGCGUCUUCCAGGGGCUGCAAUGCAGGCCCUUCGAGCGAUACUUCGACAAAUCGAUACCCGGCACUUGCAGAGAUGACGGCGUGGUGAUUGUUGGCGGGGAGACGCCGAACUCGUUUGUCGACUUCGCCAUGGUCGCUCUCGCAAUGGUCAUGAUCCGCCCUCGUCAGCUGCCGCGGGCCACAAAAUGGAGGCUCAGGGUCUUGUUUGGCUUUGGUAUCAUUGCUGGAACUUUGGGGUUCGUCAAGAUUGCGGUGACGUUCUCUCUCAGUGAGAUUUGUGAGUACUACACCGCGACCCCCUUCACGUUUCACGACAAGUGGUCUGACCGAGGAAACUCCUUCGUGAUUGAAGAUGCCUUCAGCAUGGUCUCUCUUUGGACGUGUGUCCAGAUGUUCGUCUCCCUGCUCUGCUGCUGCCUGCCGGUCUUCCAGCCGCUUCUCACUGGUUCGACCUUCUGGAGUCGGCUCUCGUCGCGGCUCAGCAGCUUCACGCCGCUUGCCUGGGUGUCCCGUAUUCGAAGCACGGGUGCUUCGACGGAUAAUUCUGCCAAGCAUGCGGACCUCACUACAUCAACACGGCAGAGAUGGAGCUUCAAUGACCUGGAGCAAAAUUCUGGCAAGCCUGAGGACGUCACUACAUCAACACAGCAACGAUGGAGCUUCGACGAUCUGGAGCAGCCGAGCUCGAGUUCAGAAAAUCUCCCUUGGCCCCAGGCAACACACCAGGGCCCGGAGUACUCCAUGAGGGACCUUCCAAUCCAGGGAGUAUCACAUCCAGAGAUGACCGGCAUACAUGUGCAGAGGGAAUUCGGGUUGAUCCGGUCGGAAGCUUAUGAAAAUCCAUACUAG